GCAACCAAAUCCAUUUUUUCUCACUCUUAUCUCUCUCGCGUCAGAUGAGUGUCAAACAAACUGAGUCUCUCUCUCUCUCUCUCCUGGUAGAAAGUGACCUGAAAACCAGUCAUAUGAGGCUGUUUCUCUAGACUUUGCCACCUACCUCUGGUUUCUGGAGAUGGGUACUGAAGAAACUGGACGAUUGGAGAUCUCAGAGGCUUUGUUGGGUGAGUCUCAAAAUAUUAGAGAUGAAAUCGAGGUGAUUGAGGAGAUACAGCCGUGGCAAGACCAGAUUACCGUCAGAAGCCUGUUUGUUGGUGCUAUUCUUGGAGUUCUCUUCUGUGUUAUUAUUAUUAAGCUUGAUCUCACAGUUGGGAUAAUUCCCACUCUUAAUGUAGCUGCUGGUUUGUUGGGUUUUUUCUUCAUCAAGACAUGGACUGAUUUUCUAUCCCAUUUGGGUAUUUGGACUACUCCUUUUACGAAGCAAGAAAACACUGUUAUCCAGACCUGCAUUGUUGCCUGCAGUGGCAUUGCUUCCGCUGGGGGUUUUGGGUCAUAUAUGCUAGCCAUGGAUCAGAGGACAUAUGAACUUAUUGGAGUCGAUUACCAGGGCAAUAGACAAGAAGAUGUAAAAAAUCCAUCGUUGGGGUGGAUGAUUGGAUUCUUGUUUUCUGUUAGCUUUCUUGGCUUGUUCAGUGUUGUUCCACUCCAGAAGGUAAUGAUAUUGGACUACAAGCUCACUUAUCCUAGUGGAACAGCCACAGCCAUGUUGAUAAAUAGUUUUCAUACAAGCUCUGGUGCAGAAAUUGCAAGGAAUCAAGGUCGCACUCUCAGCAAAUAUCUCAGAAUUAGCUUGCUCUGGGCUUUUUUUAAGUGGUUCUUCAGUGGUAUUGAAGACUCCUGUGGCUUCGAUAACUUCCCCAGUCUUGGGCUGGAAGCAUUCAAAAACACAUUUUAUUUUGACUUCAAUCCAACUUAUAUCGGAUGUGGUAUCAUCUGCCCACAUAUAGUUACUUGUUCUGUUCUUUUUGGGGCAGUAAUAUCGUGGGGGUUUCUAUGGCCAUUUAUUUCACAACAUGCUGGUUACUGGUAUCCAGCAAAUCUGAAUCACAGUGACCUUAAGGGACUCUAUGGAUAUAAGGUCUUCAUAACAAUUGCUCUUGUCCUUGGGGAUGGGCUUUAUACCUUGAUCAAGAUUUUACUCAUAACAGUCAAGAAAAUAUGUGCUCAACGCUCAAAGAAGAGCAAGAUUCCUCUGACCAACACUUUUCAAGUUAUAACAGAUAGUGAAGUCUCGAAACCAAUUCUUGAGGAGAGAGGACGGAAUGAGACAUUUCUCAAAGGCAUGAUACCCUCAUGGAUAGCCACCUCAGGCUACAUAGGCCUCGCGGCAAUAUCCAUGGUUGCUAUUCCCACCAUAUUCCCCCCUCUCAAGUGGUAUUUGAUCCUCUUCUGUUAUAUUAUUGCGCCAUGCUUGGCCUUUUGCAACUCUUAUGGAUGUGGCCUCACUGACUGUAAUAUGGGCAGUACUUAUGGAAAGGUGGGUCUCUUCAUAGUUGCCUCUUGGAUGGGCCCAAAUGGAGGGGUCCUCAGUGGCUUAGCUGCAUUUGGGGUCAUGCUUUCUAUUGUCUCCACAGCUACUGACCUUAUGAAUGAUUUCAAGACUGGCUAUCUUACAUAUUCGUCACCUCGGUCUAUGUUCGUUAGCCAAUUGAUUGGAACAGCCUGGGGUUGUGUCUUAGCCCCUCUUACAUUUUGGAUGUUUUGGAAUGCCUUCGAUAUAGGCUCACCUGAUGGUCCAUACAAGGCCCCAUAUGCAGUGAUAAUGAGAGGAAUGGCUAUAUUGGGUGUUGAGGGCUUCUCUUCUUUUCCCAAGUAUUGCUUGGAGAUGUGCUAUGGAUCCUUUGUUGCAGCUUUGGUCAUUAACCUCGUAGGGGAGGUGUGCCCUAAAAGAGUGGCUAAGUACAUCCCGAUCCCUAUGGCAAUGGCUAUACCCUUUACUAUUGGGGCGUAUUUUGCGAUUGAUAUGCUUGUGGGGACAGUGAUUUUGUAUGUUUGGGAGAGGAUCAAUGAAAAGGAUGCAGAGGCAUAUGCAUGCCCAGUUGCAUCUGGUUUGAUCUGUGGCGACGGGAUUUGGUCCAUCCCUUUAGCCUUGUUUUCAAUUUUCAAGAUUAAUCCUCCUAUAUGUAUGUCCUUUCGGCCUUCUGUAAGUAGCUGAAUGAAUAGUCAUAUGGGCCUGGGUAUGUAUGAUGAUUAUGGAUGGGUCAUAUGGGCAUUGCACGUAGUUAUGUAUGGCAGUUUUUUGAAUCUUAUGAUCUUCAAGUCCGAACUGCAGAUUGUUCUCA